GUCAACAGUGACGCUGGAUUUAGAGAGAGAGAGAGCUGGCGACACUAAUUUCUUCUUGAAAAAAAAUUCCUACUGAGCGGUACAAAUCGAGUAUGGUAUCAAUCAUGCUGAACAGACUUUCUACUAAAUUGUUGCCCUUACUUACCAUUUUAUCUUGCCUUUCGAUCUUGAAUUCGAACACGUCAAGUUAUGGUCGCAAACUAAAUCCUGCGCCUGCGGCUAGCGUCACUGGCCAAGACCGCGGCCCCGGCACGCUCCCGGUCGGUGCUGACUCGGACACGGACCCGGCUUUUGGAAUGGGACUGGAUCAGGAGGAAACUCUCUUUCAGAACUUUAUUCAGAAAUUCAACAAGACCUACACAAGAGGCUCGAACGAAUACUCCAAGCGUCUACAAAUAUUCAAGGAAAGCUUACUAAAGCAUGAAAUGUUAAAUGCCUUUGCAACUCAUAGGGACCAUGCAACAUAUGGAAUCACCAAAUUUUCAGAUCUAACUGUUGAGGAGUUUAAAUCUGAGUACCUUGGAGCCAUUAGAACACCAGACCAAAAGCUAAGCAUUCCUGGGCCAUUCCAGAGACCUUUGAAGACUGUUCCAUCUGUUUAUGACCUAAGAUCCAUUAAGCCAUCAGUUGUCACGCCAGUGAGGAAUCAAAAGUCGUGUGGAGCAUGUUGGGCUUUCAGUGUUGUGGAGACCAUGGAAACUCAGAUUGCUUUGAAAUAUAAACAUCUAACUGAGCUCAGUGUUCAAGAGCUGGUGGAUUGUGGGACGGCUGCCGGAGACGGUGGUUGCCGUGGCGGCGUACCAUGCAAGACACUCCAUUGGCUGAAUCAAACCAAAACAUCACUUGUUCCUGAGUCUACUUAUCCAUAUAAAGCUAAGAAAGGAGACUGUAGGAUUAUCAAAAACUCAACCCUAAAUGCAGUGGUGUCAGACUUUUCUUGUGGAAAUUAUACAAUCAAUGAGGAGGUAAUGCCUGGUAUGGUGUACAACCAUGGUCCUCUAAGUAUCUCAGUGGAUGCUGAAGCUUGGCAGUACUACCUUGGUGGUAUCAUCCAGUAUCAUUGUACACCAUCAUACCUCAACCAUGCUGUUCAGAUUGUUGGCUAUGAUAUGUCAGGGGACAUACCAUUCUACAUCGUGCGUAAUUCAUGGGGAGCGGAUUGGGGUAUUGACGGUUAUCUAAAGAUCAAAAUAGGCAACAAUGUUUGUGGUGUCGCAAGUGCUGUUCAGACCGUUUCUGUGUAGAUUGGUAAACGAUUCACACGUGUUGUCUUUUUUCCCCAUUGUCACUUCGAGGAAUAUAUAUGAAUAAUUUAUAAAUCUUUAUAUACAUUGACUGGGACCGUUCACAGUUAGAAUGUAACAAUGUUCAGAUUCCUCAAAAACCGUACCACGAUUGAGAUGUAAUCCCAUGGCAAUUCCUUCAACAAUAUGGGAAACUUGUAUUCUAUAUCAUUUAUUCAUUUCUCGAUUCUUGUUUUAUUCUUUUAUUAUCAUUUUUAGGGGUACAAUUAAAGAAAAUUAGAUUCCUUGCUGUAUUCCCUUUCCCUCCCCAGAACUGGGUCUCAAAUGAGACAAAGAAAUAUCACUAAUGCAUUGCUUAAGAUAUGAAAUUAUUUUGUCUGAAAAUUGCAGCAGUAACUCAGAAUUUUCAAAACUAAGCUAUAAAACUCCUAAUUUCAAAUCUGCUUAUCAAUAAUCAUCUGUUUCUGGUUUUUGCAUGUAUGUGUCCCCUAAAAAGUGUGCCUUGAGUAUCUAAGGUCAGAUGCCUAUGACGUCUAACUAGUAUUUCUAUUAUCAUUAUUGUUAUUAAUUUUUUAAAUUGUUAUUAGUAUUACUUUUGUUAUAUUAUUAUUGUUCCUAUUACUGUUAUCAGCAGUGUUAUCGCUACAGUGGACAGCAGUGGUUGGGCCCAAUCGGCACAAAAGAUUUUUGACCACCACUCAUCAUGGAAAACGCUGUUCCUUCGUCCACCACUAAUUUCAAAUGAAAAGUGUUUCAAAUCUCUUAAACCCCUUGCAAAGAGGAAUUACCCUUGCGUUAUUUCCAUCUUGUAUCUUGUUGGGUGUUUUUUCUGCAUAAUUUACAAAAUAUUCUUAUAUUUGAUAAAUAUUGUUAUUACAUUUAUGUUCCUUCACUUUUUGCUUUAAGACCACUAUAAACUUACUCGGCCUGAAUUUUUUUGUAAUGCUGUGAAAUAGCGACCACCACUAAAAUGGGUCUAGCUAGUACACCGGUUAUCAGUAGUAUUAAUAAUAGUAUUAUCAUCAUAAAUAUUAUCAUCAUCUUCAUCACCAUUAUCAUCAUUUAUGCCUACAAGGUUAAACCCACUUAGGUCAAAUAUUAACAUGGACCAAUAGCAAGUCAAUUCCAUGUUGGUCUAGUAUUUUGUAAUUUUCUUUGAUCUACAAAUGCCCCCCCCCCCUCAUUUAAUCUUGACCAUUUUGUUGAUUUCAAGUUCAUGUAAUCAAGAAGACUUAUGAGGAUAACUAUUUAAACUUUAUUAAAGUCUUUUUUUAUAAAUCAUUGUAAAUGGUACUUGGUCUCAGUAGCAGCUAGAGCUAGAGUCACUGGUUGUAGAACAAGUGGGAUGAAAAUUGAAUGAAACUGAGACAAGUUCAAUUAGAAUCAUACUUGCAAUGUAAAUUUGUGAAAUCAGGAGAAAUACACAGUGAAAACUGUCGUCUGUCAGUUGUAAAUGUAAUGAGUUAAUCUACAGGCAACUCUGCCUAAGUUGAUCUUCUAGAAGUCGAAUAAUUGCUUAAGUCGUAAUCAUUUUUUGACCAGAUUAUUGAAAACAUGUCCAAUGUACCUAAGUUGAAUUUUGCCCAAGUACAUGUAGAACAUAUUUCUCUGGUCCUAAGAGAUUUGACUUGUCACUUAGGCAGAGUUACCUUUAUGAUCAAUCUUUUUUUUGGCACAUUAACUUUUUUUUUAAUGGAAAUUAUCAGUGAUACUUUUUUUAUCAUAAACAUGAAAUUAACUGAUUUUAAUCACUAAAGUAAACAUACUGAUUCAGAAAUGAAUUUUAGAUAGAAACAGAAUUUGCAUUGGAUUUGUACAUGAAAUCAUGUUUGUGAGCAAAUUGUGUACAAAUUGUAUAAAAUAAAUCAAUAAAAUCAAUGAAUAUUGUAAUAGAAAUAACUUAUUUUUGCUAAAUUAUUGUCAUAAUCAACGAGUAGGGGUGUCGAGUGUAUUGAAUGUAAUGUGCAUGUGAAAUAUUGUAAGUACAUGAAAUAAUGCAUAACAGAUUCAAAACUCUAAACUUGUUUUGUUUGAGAUAUUUUAUGAGAAUAUGACAUUCUCACUGUUUUGUUUAAUCAUUCAAUCAGUUCAACUCACAUUUGGUUGAAUUUGUCAUUUUAGCUAUCAAAUUGUGUUCAUGUAUAUAGAGAGCUUAGGAUGAAAGAAGAAAUAGCAAAUGAAGAUGUGGACAGGAAAAAUAAAAUCAGAAAAGGUUAGCAUUGAGCUCACUUUUGAAUUGAAGAAGGCAUUGUAUACUUUGUCUUGUAUCUUAAUAUAAUGUACUUUUCUGGUGAUAUAGAAUUGUUCAUUUAUAUAUAAACAAACAACUUGACAUUCCGAUGAUUUUUCAGUUGAGAUGGAAAUUAAUAUGCCUGCAUUUGUAAUACUUUCUCUCAUAUGUCAUUGUCAUACAUGUUCAUUCAUAAGUUGAUAUACUGUACUGUACAUUUAUUAGGCCUGUAUUCUUGAAUUGAUAGGAAUUAUGUCCAAUCUAUUAUCAAUUCUUUGAAAGAUAUAUUUUUCAUGUAUUUAACAAUUAAUAUUUUUGUAAUCUAGUACUUGCCAUUUUUUGUUUAAAGAACUCACAAGACAAAUUGAAUCAAGAUGUAUGUAUCAUGGUAUAUGUAUGUAAAUGAUUGUAUGAUUUGAGAAUAUAUUUUCAAUUAUAUAAUAUGCAACAAAUAAUUAUGCUAUUGUGCUUCCAUUAAAAUCUGGUGUAUUCACUGA